AUGGCGGACCCUGGGAUGGAACUUUGUACAGUGAGACAUUGCAAGCAAGAGGGUCACAUCUUCUUGCAGCGUCAACUUGAGGACCACCUGGUGGAUGCCUAUUUAGAAAGAUUGCAGCUCUGCCGUUGCUCACCCAGCUUGGAAUCACUGCAAGACCUGCUAUCCGCGCAUGUGGAUCGCAUUGCCUACGAAAACCUGGACGUCCAGCUGCAACGCGCUCGACCUCCCUUGUCCUUUGAGGAGAGCGUGAAACGGGUCGCCCUGAGAGGGCGUGGGGGAUAUUGCUUCCUCCUGGUAGAUGCCUUUGCCGCCCUCCUUUGCUCGCUGGGCUUCCAAGUGUCCCUCCACACGGCCAACUGCAGUGAUGCGCCAGAGCCAGAGGCGAAAUGGGGCGAUCAUGUGGUCUUGGUGGCCCACCUGCCUGAAGGGUCCUUCGUGGCAGAUGUCGGGCUGGGUGAAGGCCCCCGACUUCCCUUUAAGGUGGAAGAUGCUGAAUGGACGGAGGAUGGCUUCGAGUUCAAACUGAACGGCCGAGGCGGAGGAGAGUGGCGUUUUGAUAACCCUGUCAACGUGCCUGGCACACUGGCGGGAAUGGCCUUUGCAGCUUUGAUACAAUCAGCGAAGAAGUUCUGCGGCCAACGUUUUGUGGCCCACCAGAAGUACCUCUCCAAUGUGAAGCACUCGUGGCUGAGGAUUGCAACUCGCAAGGAUCUCAUGGCUCGUUUGGGCGACAAGAUUGACUCAAGCGCCAAUAGGGCGCUUCGGGAUUUGGAGCCCACUGAGGCCUUGUCCAUUCUGACAGACAUGGUCAAUGCAGGUGACACCAUCCGAAAUCACUCAGCGCCACUUGGGCAGUUCGUCAUGAGUGCCACCAAGCGCUUCAAGGACCAGGUGCAAUGUGAGCGGUCCUUCCAUGGUUCCACGGUUCAGCGCGCAGCUCGGGUUCAAGAAGGACCCAUCCGCGUGGGCAACGGAAAUGGGUGCCACUCAGAUCAGUUGGCAGAUCAGCCCAUUAUGAACUGCUAG